AGUACACAUACAGUACAUAUCCAGUACACAUACAGUACAUAUCCAGUACACAUACAGUACAUAUCCAGUACAAAUGCCUGUCCAGUAUGGUGUUGGAAUUGCACCGCUAUUGACGUGUUCAGGUUACAUUAAAGUUGACUGACAUCCAUUUCGCACGCUGCUGUGCAAAUGGAACAGACAGCAGGUGGACAGCAAGACACCGCCAAUAAAUCAAUCAAUCAAUAAUGUGUCGUGUGAUUUUGUUUUUAGCACAUUAAACUACUGUACGUAAAGAACAAAAUCUUUCAUAAGAAUAAUUCAUUCAUUCAGAUCUAGGAUGUGUUAUUUCAGUGUUUCCUUUGUUUUUUUUGAGCAGUAUAUAUACAUGUAAUAAAUAUCGUUGUGGGGGCGUGGCCUCACUGAGACCGGAACCGGAACCGGAAGCUCCAGCAUCGGGUCGUCUCCGCGAAGAUCUCUGCUUGUUUCCAGGCCUUCAGGAGGAGGACAGAGCAGCGCAAUGAGCCACUAGCUGCUCUCAAGCUCGCCUCAUUGAUAAAGAUUGUGGACUCCCGGUCCUCCACCAGCAGACAUCAUGACGUCCUCAAUGCUCCGCAGGCAGCUGAAGAACCUGGUUCAGAACUACUCUGAGGCCGAGGUCAAGGUUCGAGAAGCCACCUCCAACGACCCCUGGGGGCCCUCCAGCUCGCAGAUGGCCGACAUCUCCGACCUGACCUACAACGUGGUGGCGUGCAAUGAGAUCAUGACCAUGCUGUGGAAACGACUGAAGGACGACAAGAACUGGAGGCACAUCCACAAGUCGCUGACCCUGCUGGAGUACUUGCUGAAGACCGGAGAUGACCGCGUGCUCCUGAAAAUGAAAGACAACAUCUACAUUGUCAAAGCCCUCACUGAGUAUCGCUUUGUGGAGAAAGAUGGCAAAGAUCAGGGUUCAAAUGUGAGAGAGAAGGCCAAGGUGGUUCUCGUGCUCAUGGAGGACGAUGACAAACUAAAAGAGGAACGAGACUUUGCUGUCAAGACCAGAGAGAAGACGUCCAAAGGUGCUGCAGCCUCGUCCUCGGACAGCGUCAAGGAUCCCAACUACAAGCCGUGUUACGUUCCCGGGUCCACGGGGCUCCCAUCCCUGGACAACAUUCCCUCAGUGGCCGACUUGACAGCUUCCUUUGCCGCCCGCAAGGAGGAACGCAUCAAGCAGGAGGAGCAAAGGAAGGAGACAGAGAGGAGGGCCAACAUGUCUGAAGACGAGCUCAAGUGGGAGGAUGCAGGAAAGGGAGGGGGUGACAUCCAAGAUGCCUGGAGGGGAGAGAAGAAGAAGGAGGAGGAGGUCCAAGUAGAUGCCUGGGGGGCUCCGAAGGAGGCCACCGAUGCUUGGGGCGCACCCUCCAGACCCGACGCCUCCGAAACGGGUCCAGCUAAAACUGACCAGAAUUCUUUUGACUCUUCAUCAAAGAGCGGAGACGCUCCAAAGGACAAGCCAGACCCGUUUAACGCCUCGCCCGACGGACGGGAUCCAUUUGUGGCCCAAAACGGUUCCACACCCAAAGAAACGUCACCCGAGGACGAACAAGAUCAGUUUGCUGCUUCUGGAAAUCAAACGCAUCCAUUCUGUUCAUCUAAAAGUGACCCCUUCAGCACCCCUAAAGACGACCCCUUCAGCACCCCUAAAGACGACCCCUUUAAUGCCCCUAAAGACGACCCCUUCAACGUCCCUAAAGACGACCCCUUCAAUGCCCCUAAAGACGACCCCUUCAGCGCCCCUAAAGACGACCCCUUCAACGUCCCUAAAGACGACCCCUUCAACGUCCCUAAAGACGACCCCUUCAACGCCCCUAAAGACGACCCCUUCAACGCCCCUAAAGACGACCCCUUCAACGUCCCUAAAGACGACCCCUUCAGCGCCCCUAAAGACGACCCCUUCAGCGCCCCUAAAGACGACCCCUUCAAUGCCCCUAAGGACGACCCCUUCAAUGCCCCUAAGGACGACCCCUUCAAUGCCCCUAAAGACGACCCCUUCAACACUCCUAAAGACGACCCCUUCAACGCCCCCAAAGACGACCCUUUCAAUGCCCCCAAAGAUGACCCGUUCGACACCCCUAAAGAGGAUCCCUUCAACGCCCCUAAAGAUGACCCAUUUAAGGCUCCCAAAGAUGACAUGUUCAAUGCCCCGAAAGACGGCGAUGCGUUUAGUACCCCCAAAGAUGACCCUUUUAGUGCCCCUAAAGAUGACCCAUUCCACGCCCUUAAAGACACCGACCCAUUUAACACACCAAAAGACGACCCGUUUAAGGCCCAGAAAGACAAGUCCCCCACAGACGACCCAUUCAGCGCCCCUAAAGAUGACCCAUUUAGCACCCCACAAAAUGACAACACGUCUGACACCCAGAAAAAACACCUGUUUAGUACCCAGAAAGACCCAUUCGCCUCCCCAGAAGAAGACCCCUUUGGCGCCCCCCUAGUAACAACUUCCUGUGAAGAAGCCCCCCCGAAAGAGGACGCCCACAAGGAUGAACCCUUUCCUGCCCCUUCUAAAGAGGACCACUUUGCAGUCCAUUCUGACGCAUCAACAGACCCCUUCAGUGCCCCCCCACUGAGCACCGAUGCAUGGGGCGCUCCCUCCAGCACCGCGCCCCCCUCUGGCUCUGAUCCAUGGGGGGCCGGACCCAGCGCUUCUUCACCUGUUGAUGAUAGCGAUCCAUUUGGGGAUGGCUCCAAGGUGGACAAAGACCCAUGGGGGGCCGCGGGUUCGGAUGACGCCUGGGGGGCGCCUUCGUCCCCGACAAGCGACCCAUUUGGAGACAGCACCUGUAAAGCCAAAGGAGGCGCAGACAACACCUUCUAAGGAGCUUUAUCACCCUGCCACUAACGCUGCUUGGUGGGGGGCGUGGCUGCUCGACCUGGACCGCCUGCUUUAGCAAGGAUGGAUGAGUGAUGGUCUCCUGGUGACAGUCAUGUGACAGGCAGAGAGGGGUGGAGACAGUUUGGACUCAUGAAUAUUAAUCAGUGGUGUGUAUGACGGCUGCUUAUUGUGUUUGUAGUUGUGUGUAGAUGUUAGCAUAAGUUUUGUCUUGGCUCCUCUCUGCUGCCUCUAAAGCUGGUGGCUUGACUGUGUUUACAUUGCCCCCCCCCCACCCCCAGAGCUUGUCAUCACGUAAGUGCGUGCAUGUGGUGUUGAUGUAAAUAGUGCUGAUCACAGAUGAACCUUACAAUCAUGAUGAACUAUUUAUUGAUUUGUAUCUUGAAUAUUUAUUGAUGCCACAAUGCAGCAAAGGUCAAAGUUCAGGUCGAUGUUUGUGGUGGGUGUUCAAAGUAGUGACGAUGACAAGGAUUACAAGUCGACUCAGUUAACCAACGGUGUCUUUAACCUCAACAUGCUAACGCUAAUUCCUCCGGACGAUUAACCAAUCAUCUUUGAUCGCCGCACCCAAAUGAUCAAUAACGCACAAUUAAGGCCCGACAUGACAAUAAGAAAUAAUGACGAGUGUGCUGAUGUGUUAUUUCUUAUGAGUAAGCACUACCGUGGAGGAUUUCAAGGACGCAAUAAUGCACGUGAGGUUGAAAUUGCUUACACCGACCACAAGAGGGCGACAAAAACUCAAGACUAACGUGUGAUGACGUCAAUGAAUUGUUUGGUUUAUUUUUGUAUGGUUUUGAUGAGAGCGUGUGUGCGCGUGAGACGUGCUUGCAUGUACGUGAUGAUGGUAUUCGUGUUCCUGAUGUAAAUAGUGACAUACUGUAUAUUGCUGUAUAUUAUCAGGUGAAUAUUUAUUGACUCAGCAUAGUUCAGGUUUUUGUGGCUGUAAAAGACCCGACGAUGAUGAUGAUGAUGAUGAUAAGUCAGCAACUACUUUCAUGAUAGUAUUGCAGUAUUUACAUCCUACAGUCAUGACUUUAUUGUCCAAAUAAAGAAAUAUAACAAAUUUGACAGUGGAGUCAUUGCGGGUCAAUACGACUACAAGACUGGAUGUGCCGGGGUGUCCAAAGUGCAGCCUGGGGGCCUUUUUUUUUUGUUGGUCGUACCUGGAAACAUGCAUUUGAAAAGAAGGGACAUAUUCUGAAAAUUCUUGUCUUUCCACCAGAAAAUACGGGAAAUUAUCCUCCCCCAAAAAAACCUGGGCAACUAUUAAAGCGGGAGGGAAAGGAAGGCAAAAUGCGGGAGUUUCCCAGGAAAAAUGGGAGAGUUGACAAGUAUGACAUUGUAGAAAUAAAGUUCAACAAAAAGGCGCAAAGUAAAGGCAGAUGAAACGUUGAUUCUAAUAACACAAAGCUUUGGGGGGUUUUCAACUUUUUUACAAGGAGUGUCAGGAGAUUUGUGUCACAAGAUCUCGCAAGAUUAAAAUGUGUUCAGUAAAAAAACUGCUGAGAUAAUAAAUAAAUAAAUGAAUCACAUGAUGAAUACAAAUGAAAUGGAUCAUUUUGCCUGCCUCCAU